CAGACGCAACGUCCGUGUACUUUCCGGGACUCGCAGUUCUUUCGUGUUCCCUUCUCUUAUCCAAACGAGCCCCUUCAAAGCCUUCUCAUCGGGAGUCAGAGCAGAGGAAAGAAGAGGGUGACAGGGAGAGACCUCAACUUAGAAGUGUCCCGCACACGUUACAGAAGAUCUUCACCCUAAGAUGUGCGAUCACACCCACGUUAAACAGGAGGAGGAGUCUGAGAUGCCGUACAUCAAACAGGAGGCAGAGCCAGACACCCCCUACAUUAAAGAAGAAAAACAGGAAGAAGAAAUCUUUCCAGUGACUGUUAGUGUGAAGAGCGAAGAAGAUGAAGGUCCCAGCGAAGAGAGCGGAGCAGCGAAACCUUUGAGCGACGGCUCAUUUCAGCACCUGACAACAAAAGAAGAAGGAGAAUCGCAAACGGAUGGCCUCUUAGCUCCGCUCUCGGAAAGCGGCGACGUAACGUCACACUCUUCUGACUUUAACACUGAUAAGGGUGGGAAACCAUUUGGCUGCACAUUUUGCAGCAAAAGAUUUUCUUUUAAGUCUCAAUUAAUAAUACAUAAGCGUACACACACUGGAGAAAAGCCUUUUGUCUGCACACGUUGUGGUAAAAGAUUCGCCGAGAAGAAACAUUUAAACACACACGCAAGAAUACAUACUGGAGAGAAGCCUUUCUCGUGCUCACUUUGCGAUAAAAGAUUUUCUCAGAAGACAACUAAAGAAAAGCAUGUGCGUACACACAAAGCAGAUAAGCCUUUUGUCUGCACAUAUUGUGGCGAAAGAUUCGCCGAGAAGGAAAAUUUAAACCACCACACAAGCGCGCUCAGUGGAGAGAAGCCUUUUGCCUGCUCUUUAUGCGAGAAAAGAUUUUAUUGUCAGGGUCAGUUGACAAAACACACGCGUAGACACCCUGAAAAAAAGGCUUUUGUGUGCACAUGUUGUGGUAGAAGAUUCACAGAGAAGGGAAAUUUAAAGAGACACGCAAAAACACACACUGGAGAAAAGCCUUUUGUCUGCACAAGUUGUGGUAAAAGAUUCGCAGAGAAGAUAGAAUUAGACCAACACAUAAGAACACAUAGCGGAGAGAAGCUAUUCGCCUGCUCCUUAUGCGAUAAAAGCUUUUCUCGGAAGACAAACAGAGAAAGGCAUAUGCUUACACACACUGGAGAGAAACCGUUUGCCUGCACACUUUGCGACAAACGAUUUUUCCAGAAGACUGAUUUAGAAAAGUGUCAGCGUACACACGCUGGAGAGAAGCCUUUUGUCUGCACGUGUUGUGGUAAAAGAUUCACCCAUAAGACGUAUUUAAACAAACACUCAAAAAUCCAUGCUGCAGAAAAGCCAUUUGCAUGUACACUUUGUGGCAAAGGAUUUAAUCGGAAGACUCGUUUAGAAGUGCACAUACGUACACACACUGGAGAAAAGCCUUAUGUCUGCACAUUUUGCGGUAAAAGAUUCACCCAGAAGAAAAAUUUAGACAGACACGCAAGACUCCACACCGGAGAUAGGCCUUUCCCCUGCUCAGUUUGUGGUAAAAGUUUCACGGAGAAGGCAUAUUUAAACAAACACGCAAUCAUACAUAGUGGAGAGAAGCCUUUCGGCUGCUCAAUUUGUGAUAAAAGAUUUUUUGAAAAGACUUGCUUAACGACGCACAUGAGGACACACACUGGAGAAAAGCCAUUCCCCUGCUCAAUUUGUGGUAAAAGAUUCAGCGUGAAGGGAAGUUUAAACCAACACGCACGCACACAUAGUAAAGAGACGCCUAUUUACCUGCUCCUUCUGUGAGAAAAGAUUUUAUUGUCAGUCUCAGUUGACAACACACACGUUUACACACACUGGAGAAAAGCCUUUUGUCUUCACAUGUUGUGGUAAAAGAUGAGAAGGCAAAUUUAAAGGGGACCACAGAUGGAAAGACUUGUAGUUCUUAAAAGAGAAACUUUAUUAUGAGUUAAAAUAAUUUGAUCUUAAAACCCCUAUUGAUGUUUUCGUUUUUAUACAAUUUGUAAAAAUAGUUUAACUAGUAGGUCACCGUUGUUAUUGAAGUCGCACGACGGUGACGUCACUGGGUUACACUGUCGGGCUUCCGGAGAAUGACUCUUGCGACAUAAACAUGUCAUCAGUUCAGCCCUUUGAAUUUGAACCAGAGAGGAAUAAUAAUGAGCAAAGCAACACUGUCGAGCUUUCACCAAACAAGCAGCAAAAGCAAAAUGAACAGGAAAGACAGGAUGAGACGAGAUGAAAGUAGGGGGAAAAACGGUGCUCUGCCAAAAUGUGCUACUCUGGUGAAACGCCUACAAGAGGCGAACUUGACACCCAAAGUAUGACCGUGGGCUUUCAGCUUGUUUUGUUUAGAUGCAUACAGACAGAACAUACUAAAUAUGACUUAAGAAAAUUCUUAAACAUAGUAAUAUCAAAUCAGGGUGGAUGAAAUACGCUACGUGACUAAUGUGGUCAACAAAUCAAUAAUCUGCUUUAAAGCUACCACUUCUUUCCUGCUACUUUGAUUUACUCAGAUUUAGCUUUUGUCUCCUCUAUUUGUUGCUUUUGUAAACUCUGGUAAAGUGACCUCGAGUGUCUUGAAAGGCACUUUGAAAUGAUAUGUAUUCCACUGGUCAAGUCAAAUUUGUGCAUGAAAUAUUUAUACUUUUUGUCGUAAAAUUGAGGUCAUUGAAUGCAUUGCAAGAGCCAGAAUAUAGAAAUUGUCUCUAGUAUGCGAGUUCAUACAGUUUAAAUGUUAUCUAUGACAAUAUUUUUUAAAAAGCUCUAUGGAAUAUUUCCUUUAGGCACAAAAGGCUGAUGUAUCCAAAAAUAAUUUAUUUCAAUAAUAGGCCUGUGUUCUUAUUUGAAAUUAUUAUUAAAUUAUUUUCUUAUUCAAAACCAAUGUAUCUCAGUCAGCAGGCUAAUAAUUUAGCAAACUCCCGUUCAAAUUCUUCUCAUUUUGAGAGCAUUUUCUAUAAACGGGUCAAAAUUUGAGACCACGCUGCCCAUUGGUCUGUUGUAUUCUCUCAUACCAAGUGAGAGUCAACCUUCCGCUGAGCAAACCAGUUCUUCCCAUCAGAUCAAGGACGAGCAGUUAAAAGAAAUGGAUUAAGCCUGUAAAUUGAGAGCAAAACAGUCCAAAACCUGGUCUAAUAAGCCACUUUGCCUAGAUUUGAUCAGUAUACGAAAAUAGGGCUCCGCAUUUCUUUACUUUUACUGAACCCCAUAGACUUACUCACCAAACCCCUGGGGUUUGAUUAACCCAGGUUAAGAACCACUGGUUUUUAUUCGUCUUGUGCAUUGUAUUAUUUCUACUCUGAUUUAUUAUAGAAUUACGUUACUUUUUUAAAAAUUACUAUUCAUCUCCCUCCUAUACUUCCUCUAUGUGAACAAUUUUUAGAGCGCUCCAUUAUUUGUUAUAAAAAUCAACUGAAGAGUGUCACUUGGGGACAAAGCCAAUGUGUAGUCUGUUUGUAUUUUGAUUGAAUUUGGUUUUAAUUUCCAUUGUAUUAAUUCACUAAUUCAUUUACAGCAUAGACAUUUAAAAAA